AUGGACUGUCAGAGUGGGAGAGCCUCUUUACAGGCCAGUGAGCAAACACUUCACCGGUGCGACCAGUGUGCUCAGACGUUUAACGUGGAGUUCAACCUCAUGCUCCACAAGUCCACACACGCCACCUCGAACCCCACCUGCCCGGUGUGCCACAAGAAGUUCUCCCGCGUGGCCAGUCUCAAGUCCCAUAUCAUGCUGCAUGAGAAGGAGGAGAAUCUGAUCUGUACAGAGUGUGGCGACGAGUUCAUUCUCCACAGUCAGCUCAUGCUGCAUCUGGAGGAGCAUCGCAAAGAGCUGUCUGGGGCCAAGGUGUACACCUGCAAGACCUGUAGCAAGGAGUUCAAGAUGGCAGGCCAGCUCAAGGAGCACACCAAGACCCACGUCAAGAUGAGGCCACUCAGUUCGAAUUCCAGAAACUACAAGAAGAAUAUCGAUCGGAGUGGAUUCACCAACAGCUGUCAGCACUGUGGCAAGACGUUUAAAAAGCCCAGCCAGCUUGUUCGACACACACGAAUACACACAGGCGAGCGGCCGUACAAGUGCAGCCACUGUAGCAAGGCCUUCAACCAGAAAGUGGUGCUGCAGACCCAUAUGGUGAGGCACACGGGAGAGAAGCCCCACCUCUGCAUCUUUUGCCCCUCUUCCUUCUCGCAGAAGGGCAACCUGCACUCGCACGUCCAGAGAGUGCACUCUGAGCUUACGGGAGUACCACUGUUCCCGUGCAUGGACUGUAGCUGUGUGUUCAAAAAGCUGGGCAGUCUCAACGCCCACAUCAGCAAAAUGCACAUCUUGCUCAUAGAGGAAUCGGCCAACACACAGGAGGUGGAGUCGGGUCAGGGUGUGGCGGGGUCAGAGGGCAGCGAGGUGGUGACUGACGUGAUCCAGCAGCUCCUAGAGCUGUCAGAGCAGGUGACAGGGGAGGGGACCCAGUCACAGUCCCAAGAACAGACCAUCACCAUGGAGACGGCCAUCAACCAGGACAUCCUACAGCAAGCCCUGGAGAACAGUGGGUUGAGCGUGGUUCAGUCCCAGACCAACGGAGUGGCCAGACAGACUCAGAGCCAUGCCGCCGAGGGGGCUCUACCUGACAGUAAGAAGUUACCAGGCCAGGACAAAACCGCCAAGAAGGAGAAGAGAAGUAUCUUCAGAAAACCUGUACAGAUGCCAGGCUCCAUCAGGGAGGAGAACGGCGUGCGGUGGCACAGCUGCCCUUACUGCAGCAAGGAGUUCAAGAAGCCCAGCGACCUGGUGCGCCACGUCCGCAUCCACACACACGAGAAGCCCUUCAAGUGCAAGCAGUGCUUUCGCGCCUUUGCCGUCAAGAGCACCCUUACUGCCCACAUGAAGACGCACACAGGCAUCAAGGCCUUCGAGUGCCAGUGCUGCAUGAAGUGCUUCUCCACGUCGGGCAGCAGGAAGGUCCACAUGCGCCUACAUACAGGUGUGCGUCCGUUCCCGUGCCCUCACUGUGACAAGAUCUUCCGUACAUCGGGCCACAGAAAAACACACAUUGCCUCCCACUUCAAGAGCCUGCAGCAGAAGAAGCACAAGUUCCCACGCAAAGCCCAUAAAACCAAGGUGUCCAAGAGCAACAUACCUCUGCCUGAUAUCCCCCUGCAAGAGCCCAUACUUAUCACGGACCUCGGUCUCAUCCAAUCCCAGAACCCUCGCCUGGCCUUUCAGACGUACCUGGAGAUGGUGGACAAUGAUCGGCCAUACAAGUGUCCCUGCUGUAACAAGGCCUAUAAGAAAUCCAGCCACCUCAAGCAGCACGUUAGGUCUCACACGGGAGAGAGGCCGUACAAGUGUGUCCAGUGCGGUAAGGGAUUUGCCUCCUCGGGGGUGCUGAAGGCCCACAUCCGGACCCACUCGGGCCUCAAGGCCUACAAGUGCCUGAUUUGUGACACCACAUUCACCACCAGCGGCAGCCUCCGCCGCCAUAUGACCACCCACAGCGACAUGCGGCCCUACAUGUGCCCUUACUGCCAGAAGACCUUCAAGUCCUCACCCAACUGCAGGAAGCACAUGAAGACCCACAGGUAUGAGUUGGCCCAGCAGCUCCACCAACAGCUGAACCCGGAGCCCUCGACGCUGGACGACCCCAUGGACGGCACCACCGUGACCCACAACCUGCAGGUGGAGCUGGAGGACGGCACCCUACAGCAGGAGGCUCCUCCCAUGGUGGGCUCAGAGCAGCAGGGCAUGCUGGGACUGGGCCAGGCACAGGUGGUGGACGGCGGCCAACAGGUGUCGCUGGAGACCCAGCUAAGUGACCAGCCCCUGGGACAGGAAGAGGACACCUUUGUGACUACCCAGCAUGCUCUGCCUCAGAAUAUUAGCCACUUUGAGACGCAGACACUCCCACAGCCUGGCUUUGACCAGCAAGCACUUACUCAAGGUUUCACCAUCACCGCAGAGGGCUAUCCCCAGGCCCAGUUCUCCACGGUGCAGCAGCUUCAGGACUCCAGCACGCUGGAGUCUCAGGCCCUGUCCUCCAGCUACCACCCCCAGAACCUGCUCCAUGUUCCCAGCCAAGAGACGAGUGGCCUGCUCCAGGAGACUAGCCAAGGAGACCUCCAGCUGUCUGACCAGACGCAAGACUACCAAGACCCUGAAGACAGCGAGGACAACAGCAAGAGGGCUUACAGGUGCACCAUGUGUAAUAAACCUUUUAAGAAGUCCAGCCAUCUGAAGCAACACGUGCGCUCCCACACCGGAGAGAAACCCUACUGCUGCAACAUUUGUGGCCGAUGCUUCGUCUCAGCAGGGGUCCUCAAGUCCCACCUCAACACACACACAGGAGUGAAGGCCUAUAAGUGUAACAUGUGUGACACAUCCUUCACCACCAACGGCAGUCUGAACCGCCACAUGGUUGUCCACCUGAAGCCCUACAAGUGUCACAUGUGUGAGGACAGCUUCCGCAACAACGUGCUGUAUAGGAAGCACUUGAAGAAGGACCACGCCGAAGUGGACAGAGGGCUGGAGGAUGAGGACGGCGAGGAGGAAGAGGAGGGCGAGCAGACCGUGAUGAAAAGGAACCGGGCCAACAUCAUAACCUUCACCGAGGAGCAGGCGGAGGAGCUGGCCAAGAAUGACCCUGGUGACGAGGCGUCAGUGUCGGAGAAGGUGCUGGCCCAGUCGGCGGCGGAGCGCGAUCGCAUCAGCGAGAUCAAGGACAAGGCGGUGGAGCUGGAGACGGAGCCCAAGUUCGCCAACUGCUGUAACUUCUGCCCCAAGACCUUCAAGAAGCCCAGCGACCUCGUCAGACAUAUCCGGAUCCACACAGGAGAGCGUCCUUACAAGUGUGACGAGUGUGGGAAGAACUUCACCGUGAAGUCCACCCUGGACUGCCACAUAAAGACCCACACAGGUCAGAAGCUGUUCAACUGUCACAUGUGCAACACAUCCUUCUCCACCAAAGGGAGUCUGAAAGUCCACAUGCGUCUCCACACGGGCUCCAAGCCCUUCAAAUGCCCCUUCUGCGAGCUCCGCUUCCGCACCUCAGGCCACCGCAAGACCCACAUCCAGUGUCACUACCGGCCCAGCUCAGAGGGUCGGAAGGCCAAGCGAGCGGCAUCAUCCAGAAGUAACCAGAACCAGCAGCAGCACCCGGUUAACCCAGAGACCCUGCACCCUGUGGGCCUGCUCCAGGCUACUACCACAGACCAUAACAUCUACCUCCCAGCCAACCAGGUCCUCGCAGGCCAGUUUGACCAGAACCUGCUGCAGCAAGGCCUGGUGGGCCAGGCUAUCCUCCCUACUUCCAUGUCAGCGGGUGGUGAUCUGACAGUGUCUCUGUCGGAGGGUCUGGCUACUCUGGAGGGCAUCCACCUCCAGCUUACCUCUGCCAACCUAGUGUGUCCCAACGUCCAGAUCUCUGGCAUCGAUUCCAGCAACAUCAACAACAUCACACUGCAGAUUGACCCAGCCAUCCUCCAGCAGGGAGGUCUCCUCUCCCACGCCCUGACAGGAGACGGAGGCCUGACCAGCCACCCUGGUGUCCACCUCAUGUCCACGGGAGACCCCUCGGUGUCCGGCUCCAAUGUGGUCCUGCACCCGCUCACCAGCCUGGCCCUGCAGCCCUCCGCUGUCGGCCCCGGCCACGUCACCAUGGGCAGCCUUGGCGAGCACGACAUCACAGGUUCUCAUCAGGACCUGAGCCAUGUGAUGAGUGCUCCAGGCCUGGUGUCCAGUGGGGCUCAUGGUGCUCAGGAGAUCACCCUGACCAUCAACAACUCCAGCCUCACCCAGGCUCUAGCUCAUGCCCAGGCCCAGGCCAACGCUGCUGCUGGGGGCAACACUGCUGCAGGCAACCACCCCCAGGAGAUCACACUCACCAUAUCAGGUCAAGACCUCCUCCAGCAGCACGGCGCCCCUGGUGGUGGAGAGAUGAUUGGCGGGAUCAGGCUGGCAUCCCACCAAACCACAGGUGCCACCCUCACCAUUGGCAAUGACCACCUCCUACCUCAGAGCAACGCGGGCAUGACUGUCACCAGCCUGCCGCCUAGCACCUCCCUAUCGCAGACGGCUGGCUCCCAGAGCCUGGUGAUGUCAUCGUCGAGCAUGGCCAGCGACGGCAGCGUGACUCUCACACUGGCAGACACACAGGGUAUGCUGGACGCUCAACCUCAAUUCACGCUCAACUUCAACGCACAGAGUCAGCAGUACCAAACUGUGCUCAGUGACCAGGAUCUCUCAGGACAACAGGCCAGCUCCACCCAGCAGGUCAUACUGAUCAGUCAUCACCCCCAGGCCACUGAGGGACAACCCGACAAUGUAUACAGGCUAUCAGAGGAGGGCCAGGCGGUGGGGAAGGAGGACCAGGGGGAGAACCAGAAGCAGAACCAGUGUUUCUACUGCGAUCAGGUGUGUCAGAGUGCCAACACGCUGCGACGCCACUGCAGGCAGGCCCACGGCAAGGACCGGUGCCACGUCUGCAGAGUGUGUGGCAAGGCCUUCAAAAGAGCUACUCACUUAAAGGAGCAUGAGCGUGUCCACCAGCGAGGACCCUCACUGGGCUCCCAAAGGCCCAAGUUCUUCAAAUGCUCCUCCUGUGAUAAAGCCUUCGCCAAGCCCAGCCAACUAGAGAGACACAACCGCACACACACAGGUGAGCGUCCCUUUAAGUGUUCCCAGUGUGACAAGGCCUUCAACCAAAAGAGUGCCCUGCAGGUACACACGGUCAAACACACAGGGGAGAAGCCCUACAAGUGUGAAAUCUGCAGCAUCAGCUUCACACAGAAGAGCAACAUGAAGCUGCACAUGAAGAGGUCGCACGGCUAUGGUGAGUCACGGACACACAAACACUCAAACAUCUGCAGCAUCAGCUUCACACAGAAGAGCAACAUGAAGCUGCACAUGAAGAGGUCGCACGGCUAUGGUACCGAUCGGACCCAGGAGAUGACUUUGGAGCAGGGGACAGAGACGGAAGUGGAUAUCCCUCCCGAGCUGAAUGACAUGGAAGAGGUUGUCCAGGAGUCUUCUGGAGACUGGCACUGUGGCAUUCCCAACGUCUUCCCUUAGAUCCCAACUCAGAAUUGAAUUUACCAUCCCGGUUCAUCCCAGCAAUAGACUCUUUACUAGGAGUCUGUGCACUGAUGAUACAAAGCACUGAUUUUACCACUAAGUAGGCGUGGAAAAACAUAGCACUCAGAUCAACCCCCCGCCAAAAGCUUUUUAAUUGAGUUGGAUAGUUCUGCACUUUUUCUAAAGCAUACCCACGGUGAUGUUGCCAAUCAAAUACUGAAAACAGAAAGCGUGUGCGGCUGCACCUACACACAUUGGGUCUUAGCAGCAGCUAUUCCUGCCUGUUUCUCUUGUCCUCAGAUAUGCAUUAAAGGGGCAAUCUGUGAUUGCUACAUCCAUUUUUGAACCUUUAAAUUCAUGAUAUAUACCCAUUGAUUAUUGAAGACUAUAACUUAAAAAUGCCUCAUGAGCCUAGUUCAGCUUGUUCCUCUUUUUUUUGUAAAAAAAAAAAAAGCAA